AUGAUUUCGAAAAAACUUGGAAUUGACAUUCUUCAAGGAAUAUUUAGCAGUGCUGAACUUACACUCGAGAGCGAAGAUUCAUUAGCAAAUUUCAUCGCUUCUCUAACACAAGAAUGCAAUGAUUUCUAUCAAUUGAUCGAAAACAUUCAUUUUGAAUUUUGUAAUGAAAACAUUAUUAAAAAGAUCAAAGAUCUAGCAAAUUCAAAUAAUUACCAAAAUAUUGUAAACUCACUUUCAGACUCAUUAAUUCGAUCAAGAAACCAUAGCACAAAGGACAGAAGUAAAGAGAUUCCUAUUAAAACAAACUAUUUUGAAAGUGGAAAUGUUGAAAUGUCUGCCUCAUCUGUAGGUUAUGCAUCCAUUGAUGUAAUUAACAAAUAUAGAAAAGAUACUUGUUUCGAAUCUAAUAAUGAGCCAAAUUCAUGGGUUCAGUGGAAAUUAAAGCAAAACUAUUCAAUUCAACCUACUGAAUAUAUUGUACGAACAAAUCCGCCGGGAGGAAAUUUUUUCAAUUGCCGUCUUCAGAGUUGGAAAAUUGAAGGUAUAACAAUUAAUGGAGAAACUAAAGUAAUUCAUGAAAUAAAUAAUUCACCACUAUCUAAUGGAGAAAUACGGAAAUAUUCACUUAAUACAGAAGAUAAAUUUAUAUCAUUCAAAUUAACACAAACAGGCAAAAACUGUGACAAAAAUGAUCAUUUACGCCUGGAUGUAUUUGAUUUUUCAGGCAAAGUUUAUCAAAAAUAA